AUGACUAAUAAGACAUCAAACUUUCUUCUUUAAAAUAACAGAACUGCACUCUGGACACCAUGUACUAAACCUACAGAUUCAAAUUUUAGUGGCAGUUUUCAUGUUUCCUAAAAAUUAGGAGUUUUUAGAGAAGCUACUCUAAAUUUGUAAGGCCAAAAUCUCUACAAAUGUAGAAAUCUUGUAAUAAAUGAAUGUUAUAUGAUAGAAAUGGAAGGUUUGUGAUAUAGGAAAUUGUUCGUUGGAAAUAGUGAAGCACAACAUUUUUGGGGAAGGUUGUAGAUUAGGUUUUGGAUAAAACUAUAUCGAUAUCUUUGGUAGAAUAGAAAACCUAUUGGAUAAACUCAAAAAGCAAUGUAUUUAAACUAAUUUCACUCAAAAAUACUCCAUUCUAAAAUUAAUUGGAUAAGGUACUUAUGGAAAGGUAUAUGUAUAAUUUAUAUAAGUUAGGUUUAUAGAGUAAAAAAUAAAACUAAUUAAAUAGAGUUUGCUGUAAAGACUUUUGAAAAAUCUUUGCUAAUUCAACCAAGUGAUAAAAGUGCUUUAAUUAAGGAACUAGAUAUAGCUCGUCUAUUUGAACAUUAAAACUUGAUGUAAUUUUAUGAAGCCUUUGAAUCUGAGUAAUUUAUUUUUAUAGUUUUUGAAUUGUUGUUGGGAGGCAAUUUGCGAUAAGAAAUAAAAAAAUAAAAGGUAAGUGAGAAAAAAGCUUUUAACAAUAUACGAUAAAUACUUAUUGCAAUAGAGCAUAUGCAUAGUCUUGGCAUUUUACAUAGAGAUAUAAAACCAGAAAAUAUAAUGUUUAGAAAUUCAGAAGAGCUAGUAUUAACAGAUUUUGGUUUAGCAGAUUUUUAUAGAAAAGAUGGUUAAUACCUAUUUACUAAUUGUGGAACUCCUGGCUAUUGUGCUCCUGAAUUAUUAUAGAAUAAAUUAUAUGACUAUAAAGUGGAUAUCUAUAGUGUUGGAAUUGUACUCUACUAAAUGUUGACAGGAGAAAAUCCUUAUAAUUCAGAAGAUCAUAAUUAAAGAGUGAAACUAAAUAAAUAAGGGUUUAUUGAUUGGAGUUUAGUUAAUAUAAGUGAUGAUGCCUUAGACUUCCUUUAAAGUUUACUUGCUAGAAAUCCUUUCCAUCGAUUUACAGCAUCUUAAGCUCUUAAUCAUAGAAUUUUCAAUUUAGAAAAUGGACGUAAUUAAAGAAGUGGUGUUAACAAUACUUUAAUAAGCACAGGAUCUUAACUUUCUUCCCCAAAUACUAAACCAUUAUAAAUUAUAUCUAGUCCUUUUUAAAGUCCAAAAAUCAAUAGUUUAAAUAAUACUGAAUUUGAUGAAUUGGAUAAUUUGAUUUUAGAACAAAGUAAAAAAGAAAAAUCAACUCUCAAUUAUCCAAUGUUAGAUAGAAGAUAAAAUAAAUAGUUUUAAUUCAAUUCAAAACUUUAACAUAGGAGUACUAAAUCAGAGGUUUUGCUAUUUUUUUAAGAAUGA